UACAGCACGCCAUUUUGUACUUUUGUGCGUGUUGAUUCGCUCACGAAAAUGAUUUUAAUGACACAAAUUAUCAAUUUUAUUAGUGUUAACGAAUAAUUAAUUUAUUAGUGUAUAGUGUUACAACAAAAAUGGAUAUGUCGGAAGUAAAAGCGUUCAACUCGGAGUUAUCCGGGUUGUACGACAACAGACCGCCUAUAUCGAAGGCGAAGAUGAGUGCUAUCACAAGAGGUGCUAUAAAGGCUAUAAAGUUCUACAAACAUGUAGUACAUAGUGUGGAAAAGUUCAUACAGAAAUGCAAGCCAGAAUACAAAGUUCCUGGUUUAUAUGUGAUAGAUUCGAUAGUAAGACAGUCGCGGCACCAAUUCGGACAAGAUAAAGAUGUGUUUGCUCCAAGGUUUGCUAAGAAUAUGCAACAAACAUUUGCGAACCUGUUCAGAUGCCCUCCUGAAGAUAAGCGUAACAUCAUCCGAGUUCUUAACUUGUGGCAAAAGAACAAUGUGUUUAGUCCUCAAGUCAUUCAACCCCUGCUGGAUAUGGCUGACCCUAAUCACCCCCUUCAUCAGGAGAUACAACAGCAACAGAACAACACUGCUAAUGGAAGCAGCAUGAACUUGACUCACAAUUCAUCAGACAACAAAAUGUCCCCGGUGGCCCCUCAACAGCACACGCCGCACGCGUCCACUCCCAUGGGAGAUCAGUUCCAGGACCAAUCAUCGGGACAGUCCAAUGUGAAAUUCAACCGGAAACUUCUAAACGACUUUGAGUAUGAGAGUGAGGAUGAUCCAAUGGCGAUGGACUCGUCACCGGCGUCGCAGCCGUCGAUACAUUCUCAUCAGACUCAUCAGUCACAUCAACAUCAGUCUCACCAACAGCACCAGCAGCAUCAACAGCAUCAGCAACUUCAACAGCAUCAGUCACACCAAUCGCAGAACCCGGCUGAUGUGCUUGGAAGCAUUUUAACGAAUCCUGAUAUAAUGAGACAACUACAACUUAUGGCCGGAAUUCAAAUACCUAAUCUCAUGCCGUUGAUGACCGACAUGCAGAUGCAACAGAAUCCAAAUCUACCAUUCUUGAAUUCACAACAAGACCAACAGAAACAGAAUGAAGCCAAGGAUGAUAUAGCCAAUGAAUCUGACAUCGAAUUUGUAGAAACUGGCCCACAAGUUAUUGAAAUACCAGAUGCAAAUGAUUCUAGAAGUCCAUCGCCUAAGUCCCGACGUCACCGCUCGCGGUCCAAGUCGAGAUCACGUCGGAGGCGCUCCAGGUCCAGAUCGCGAUCCCCUCGCCGAGGACGACAUCGUGACAGAGACAGGGAAAAAGAUCGGGAGAAGACUUACAAAGAGAGAGAAGCUGAGAAAGAAAAGCAGAGGGAAAGAGAAAAGAAGGGUUUGCCGCCGAUUAAGAAAGAGAAUCUUAGCGUGUGCAGCACGACGCUGUGGGUGGGGCACCUGUCGAAGCUGGCCACGCCCGAGGAGCUGUCGGACCUGUUCGGCGCGGUGGGCGGCGUGCUGUCCAUCGACGUGGUGGCGCCGCGCGGCUGCGCCUUCGUGGGCAUGGAGCGCCGCAGGGACGCCGCCAAGGCCAAGGACAAGCUCGACAGGCACAAGCUGCACUCCAAGGAGAUCACGGUGGCGUGGGCGCCGGGCAAGGGCGUGAAGGGGCGCGAGUGGAAGGACUACUGGGAGGCGGAGCUGGGCGUGUCGUACCUGCCGUGGGCGGCGCUGCACGCGCGCUGGCUGCUCGGGGCGCUCUCACUGGACGCGCUCGAGGACGGCGGCGCCGUCGACGAGGACACGCUGCCGCCCUGGCUCCCGCCCAGGAUAAUCCCAAAAACUAUAAUGGACAACAUGCCGAUGAUGCCGGGCAUGCCCCCGGCGUCCGCCGCCGGUAUGAUGGGCAGCAUGCCGCCGUCGUUGCCGUCGUUACCGUCGUUGCCGUCGUUACCGUCGUUGCCGUCGCUGCCGUCGCUGCCGCCGCCCACGAUGCCUCCGUUACAGCUGGCGGGGCUGCAGGCCGGCCCGGCCGCCACCAUGGCCAUGCAGGUGUCUAGGAUGCCUCCGCCCGGAAUGCCGGCUGGUAUGCCACCGGGCCUGGCCCCGGGUUUGCCGCCCAACAUGAGGCCUCCGAACAUGCCCGCCGGAGUACCAGGUCUACAAGGCGAAGCUGGUCUGCCGCCUGGUGGGUUGCUGCGCUUCCCGCCGGGUAUACCUCCACAGUCUCUGGCCCAAUCAGGUAUGGUGGGCGGUUUCCUGGGCGGACUUUUAGGCGUGGGCGGCCUCGUAGCCGGGGGACUGCCGCUACUGCCGCGACGGGAGCCGCCACAUCCACCACACCUACAGGAUUAUUUGGUGUUGCAGGCUUCGGCCGCGGGCGUGGCCGCAGCGGACGAUGCGAUGGAACUGGACGGCGACGAGCCGCCAGCGGAGUUUGCUUUUCUUCAAGCGCUCCUCUCGAAGCCACCGCCGGCCUUCAACUCGUCGGAGCCUCCGCCAGGAUACAGCACAGCGCAGCCCGACGACAAGCCCGAUGAUGACAGGAAGGGAGAGCGAGACCGUGACCGUGACCGUCGCGACCGUGACCGUGACCGUGACCGCCGCGAUCGUGACCGCCGUGACCGUGACCGGAGGGAUCGCGACCGAGGCAGAGAUCGCGACAGGGAACGGGAUGACCGCCGUGACCGUGACCGUGACCGCGACCGUGACCGUGACCGCGACCGCCGCGACCGCCGCGACCGCGACCGAGACAGGUUCUCCGCCCGGGACGGCAACGGAGAACGCAGCAGGGACAAAUCGCCGUCGAGAAACAACCCCAACAUGGAGCAGAACCCCGAAAAGUCGCUGCAAGAACGACUGUGGGAGAUGGCGAACGGGAAGCCUCGGGAUGAAGGGGACAAGCCCCGGGAGGAGUUCCCCGACGGCCGAGACCGGACCGAGCGGACCGAGCGGAGCGAGCGACCGCCGCUACUGGAUCAUAUACCACCCAUGCGGCUAGACAUACCACCCCCUGCAGAAGACGACGCGGAACUCGCAGAGCAGCCGCCGAGCGCGGCCGCGGGGCCCGGGGCGGGCGCGGGCCCCGGUGCGGGCCCCGGGCCGGGCCCCGGCGGCUCCGGUGCGGGCCCCGGUCCGGGUCCGGGCCCCGGCUGGACGCAGCUGCCGCCGCGCCUGCCGCCGCCGCACCUCGCGCCGCCCUUCAGAGCAGAAUUGAGAAUGCGGGGACCACCCAGACAGCCUAUGCAAGUACCAUGGAUGGACGGUCCCGGCCCGGGGCCAGGCCCGGGAGUCGGCUUUGGACCGAGAUUCAACGGCAUGGGCCCACCACCUUUCGCUCGACCGCCCUUCGACAGACCCUUCGAAGGUGCACCAAUGUUCGAGGGGCCGCCUAGAUUCGAACCUCCUCCAUUUAAUAGAAUGCCGUUCGACGGAAUGACUAGACCGCCGUUCGAUAAUUCAAGACCGCCUUUUGAUGGUCCUCGACCUCCUUUCGAUAUUACCCGGCCACCUUUCGACACAUCGAGGCCGCCGUUUGACGGGCCGAGACCACCUUUCGACGCGCUGAGACCCCCAUUUGACGGUCCGAGGCCACCGUUCGACGGACCUAGACCACCAUUCGACGGUCCCAGGCCACCGUUCGAUGGACCAAGACCACCUUUUGACGGACCUAAACCACCUUUUGAUGGACCUAAACCACCCUUCGAUGGAAAAAGGCCACCAUUUGACGCACCUCGACAGUUUGACGACCAGUUUGAUGAGGAACGUCAAUUCGAUGGUCCUCCGAGGUUUGAUGGACCACCAGAGUUCUUCGAACGGGGAGGUAGGCGUUUCGGUGAUCGUGAACACUACGGGGACCGAGGUUGGAACGGCGAUCGAGACAGAGACCGUGGGUGGGAACAUCGCGGCGAGUGGGAUGACCGCAGAAGGGAUCGAAGGAACAGGGAUCACGAGGAUCGUUUCAGAGAUCGUUCAAGUCGCGGUGACCGCGCUGAUCACAGCGAUCGACCUGAACGGCCUGAUCGUGCUGACCAUAAUGAGAGAGUUGACCGUGGGGAUCAAGGCGAUCGUCCAGACCGCGGCAACCGUUUUGACCGCGGCGACCGUGGUGACCGAGGUGACCGCGGUAAUCGUGGAGAACGCGGCGAACACGGUGACCGUGGCGAGCGCAAUGAUCGCGGAGAUCGCAGAAAAACUAUUGAAGCAGAUCAGUCGCGACCACCCCGCGAAGAUCGGAAUCCUAGACGUGAUAAAGACAGGAAAUCUAGAUGGGGAGCUGCCGAAGAACCAGCUGUCAUCGAGAAUCAGAAUCAGGCAGAAGAGAGUGCAGAAAAUAUUGAAUUUAAUGUAAAUAGUGAAGGCAAUGAAAAUUGUGAGAAUAUUGACGCUAGUCAGGAAAAAGAAAAUGUACAGAAUAAUGAUAAUAAUAAGCAAGAUGAAGGGAAUACAAACCCUGCACAAUUAGAAGAAAAAAUGGAUGAUGAAAGUUAUGAAACAAAUUCGAGUGCACAUAAAAAUAAUAGUGAUCUAGUAACAAAUGAAAGAGAAGAGUACGAUGCUCCUACUGAUGAUCAAGAUACAUUCAAAGUUUCGACAACUAUUGAAGACAAAGAUUCUGAAAUUAAUGAAAGCAUAGAAGAAUCGAAUGUAGAAGAAACUUAUAGCAAUUCUAAUACCCAAGAAAGUUAUAAGAGUUUAAAUGAGAAUGACAGUUUUGAUGGCUUUAGAGAGUCUGCGAAUUCGAAUCCAAUCUCCAACGAACAGGAAAGUUUUCACUCAAUUGAGCAGGAGAGAGAGAACAAAGAUGAUGCUUUUAGUAAUGAUGAAAGGAGUUCUAAUGAAAACAGUUUAGACAAUGAAGAAAGUUACCUACAGAAGCAAACAGAUACAAUAGAAUCUGAAGCUCCACAAAACGUACCCAGUGCAAAUGAUCUUUAUGACGCCAGCGAUGGCGUAGACACUAGUUUUUCAAUACACACUCCGAUAGAUGACACAUCAUUACCUCCUAUUGAAAAGGAGCCCACAUUCGAAUUGUCAGACAGUACGAAAGCUGUCGACAUGUUCAGUCCAGAUAGAGAGCUAUCAGAAACAAACGAGAGCAGUGAAGUGCAAGAAAACACUGAGAACAAAGAAGGAGUAGCUUGACACCGGCGCAGGUGGAAAGUCGGAUAUUUCCAGUGGAAAUGAUUCGGGUGACGCGGGCCCCGAAGAGAAUACGAUAGCGGCUCGACGAGUUACAGCUAUCACUUCUAAUCAUUAGAUUGUCGUUGUCAUAUAUUUUGUCAGAGUUUACAAAGAACACAUAGCUGUGACUCGGCCGGCCGACCGCCGAUACCGUAACGCCAAAGAUUUUUUUUAUACAAAGAUGAAAGUUGAAAUAUAUGAGUGCCUUAUUGGUUACCCAAGUGGUGUUUUGUUUGUUACUUGCACGAGGAGAAGAGGAACGCGCCUGGGCGCUCAAGUGGAGUGACCCGGGCCAGGUACGGUUGCUACAUCAUUAUAUACGCGCGUCUAGAACAAUUGCACUCUCAAUACAAACCCUCACAUCACGUUGUAUGUUGCCACACGUACAUGACGCGAUCUCCUAAUUGAAUCGAUCGACUAAACGAUGCCCACGCAGCCUUGUUCAUACGAACAUGCGAAGUGAUUGUCGUUUACUCAUGCGAUGACCAAUCACGACGUUACCUUUAAACCUCAUGUUAAAUGCUAUGUAUAUAAUGUUUUCCAAUUUAAAAUGAAAUAUAUUUACACAUAAUCAUAUGACGUGUUGCAACAUUAAAAUAUUUUAUUAAUUUCAAUUGCAUUAAAUUAUAAAAUGCAAACUGCACAGUUGUACUCGGCGGGCGUAAUUUUUUGUCGUUAUUUCAAAAUGUCGAAAUGGAGUUUUAGUAGUAAAGUACACAUGCAUUUGUAUAAUUUAAAAAUUAGUAGUUAUAUU